CGUCUCCGCAGCAGUAGCACACUGCUACAGCUUCCGUAGCUUUCCUCCCCCUUCCUUCGUCUCCCUUCCUUCCUUCCGCUUCGCCAUCUCCUUUGCCGUCCCGUCGUCGUCGUCGUCGUCUCCUCGUGGCGCAUCAAGAAUUCGAACCCACUCGUCAAAGGGAAUCCCAUCCGCGAGGUCGAAAGCAACAGCAGCGGAUUAUUAAAGCCUCGCUUUUUUCAAAAGCCGCAAGGGGUUACUACAACCCUAGUACUCGUAGUAAAUUGGGCGGAAAGAAAAUUCGUCUCCUCUUCUCCAGUUCCAGGCGCAGUUGCGUGCUCGAGAGGGGGUGCAGAACCUCGAAGCUCCCCCAGCGCCCGGCGCCGGCGCUUCGCGCUCUCUGCCACGGUUCCUCCCACCGGCCGGCCGGCCGCUCCUCUGCUGGUCUGCUGGAUUUGAGCGGGGAUUUAACCACACGCGGAUUGGAUUGGUACUGCUCUUUUGCUGAUCACCACACAUGACAAGGGUCAUCCAUGACUCCGGAGAUGACAUGCACAAGGAGGCACUUGAUUUGGUCUCAUCGGAUGUUAACUUUCCCAAGGGCCGUUUCCCAGACUACAGGAUUGGACCAAACAACCAAAUCAUUGAUCCAGAGGAGACUCAUGAGGCUGUACCUCUCAAGGAGAUUGUUGCAAAGGAAACAGCACAGUUGCUAGAGCAGCACAAGCGCCUUUCUGUGCGUGAUCUCAAAGAGAAGUUUGAGAAGGGUCUAUCUGGCGCUUCCAAGCUUUCUGAAGAGGCUAAGCGUCGAGAAGCCGCUUCAUUAGACAGGCAGGUUCUUCUGAAGAAGCUCAGAGAUGUUUUAGACACACUGAAAGGCCGUGUGGCUGGUCGAAAUAGAGACGAUGCUGAGGAAGCUAUCUCACUGGUGGAGGCUCUAGCUGUCCAGCUGACACAACGAGAAGGGGAGUUAAUUUAUGAGAAGGCUGAAGUAAAAAAAUUGGCUAACUUCCUUAAGCAGGCUACUGAAGAUGCACGGAAAGUAGCUGAAGAGGAAAGGGCUCUUGCGCUUGCUGAAAUUGAAAAGGCUAGAGCUGCGAUCGAAAAAGUCGAGAAAGCAUUGCACGUGCAUGAUUCUGCGUCAAGUAGCAGAGAGAAGGAGGAGAUAGAGGAACUUAGGAAAGAGGUCCGAGAGGCUAGGAGAAUAAAAAUGCUACACCAGCCAAGCAAGGUCAUGGACAUGGAGUUUGAGCUUCAGGCACUGCGGACUCUCAUCUCAGAGAAGACUCAACUAUGCAAUCAGCUAAAGAAAGAGCUUGCCAUGAUCAAGAGGUUAGAAGAGGAUAGUUCUGACCUCUUUGAGCUCGAAGGUUCUAAUACCCUUGGAUCACAGUUUUGUAUUGUCCCUCGAGUUGAUGGUGCUCCGAACAUUGCGAACUGUCCAAUUCAGUGGUAUCGUGUAAUUUCUGGAGGCACUAGAGAACUCAUAUCAGGAGCAACAAAAUUUACGUAUGCCCCAGAGCCGUUUGAUGUUGGCCGAUUAUUGCAAGCAGAGAUACUUUUGAAUGCGGACAGAAUUGUAGUUCAGACAGAUGGCCCUAUAGAUAACGCUGCAGGACUUCAACGCUAUGCGGACUCACUUAUGAAAAGGACGGAUAUUGAGUUCAAUGUAGUAGUAACCCAAAUGAAUGGGAAGGAUUACUCGUCGAAUUCUGUCCAUGUAUUUCACAUUGGAAAGCUGAGAAUAAAACUUCGAAAAGGAUGGUCUACAAAGGCAAGAGAGUCAUAUUCCACUAUGAUGAAGUUAUGUGGGAGCCGUGGUGGUGGUAAUGCUGCAGCUAGGGCAGUUUUCUGGCAAGCUAGGAAAGGCUUGUCCUACACUCUAGCUUUCGAAACAGACAGGGACAGGAAUGCUGCAAUUAUGAUUGCUCGCAAGUUUGCUUCGAACUGCAAUAUCGCUCUCGCUGGCCCAGGCGACCAAGGCACCUGAUGAAGUGAUCAUGCGUGUUUUGACAGCGACACAGUACAUAAUUAGGGUGUGGAUUGGCUGAUUGGGUGCUUGUCUUAGUUUGUCUAUUUGUGCUUGCGAGGGUAGAGGUUGUACACUGCGUGAGGCUAUCCCCUUUCCAUGUCUUAUGGAGGCAUUGUUUUUGUUUGCCUGCCUGCAGCAUUAGUGACAUACUUGAAACAUGAUGUACAAAUUGAUCACUGUUCUUGUGCCUUACAUUUGUAAUGUUUGAACCAAAAAAGAUUGGUCAUUAUAUAGUUUCUCUCGGGUCGGGAAGACUUCCUGCUUGAGCUAUCAAGAAAUGUACAGACAGCUGAGUCGCAUGCAUGCGAAUUGCGAGGCAA